AUGAUAGAAGAAAUUAAAUCCUCCGUAAUUCGCGAGCCUCCCGAUUCUCACCACGAGAUCCGACCCACGCGCCUGCAAGUUAUUCCGCAAAUCGGCGACGGAAAAUGUUGUGUGGAUGCGGCGGCGCCGGAGGGGGUUAAGAGUGAGAGGAUUGAUUGCACCCAUUCAUUUACCACGUCAGAAAAAUUCCCAACAAAAGAAGCUUUAUUGGCAUGGGUUCGUGAAGUACGUAAAAGAAUUGGAAUGGUGUUAAUGAUUGCGGGUUCGAGUGACGGAAAUAGAGGACGUAGGACACCGUAUGUGAUUGUUCGUUGUGAGCGUGGGGGCCUUUAUGCUGGCAAGAAGGGGACAAAAGAACACAAGGGUGAUGAAAAGGCUGAGUGGAAAUUGGAUGUUUAUAGUGGUAUUCACAACCACAACUUGUUUGAAAACUUGCACGGACACUCUUAUGCUGGAAGAUUAUCAAAGGAGCAGACUUCACUUGUUCACACUUUGAAGAAAACAAUGGUGAAACCAAGGGCAAUUCUAAGAUUAUUGAAGGAAAAUGACCCGUCUAAUGUAACUGGUAUGAAGACAGUUUACAAUACUAUCUCUAAGUUAAAUUUCAAUGAAUUAUCUGGGAGAUCUCAAUUGCAAUUAUUGUUCGCCAAGUUGAAAGAAGAUGAAUACCUCUCGUACCCUAGAUCGAACGAGUUGAAUGCGAUUACCGACUUGUUGUGUAUCCACCCGAAAUGCAUUAAGUUGGCACAGUCGUAUCCGUACGUAUUCGUCAUCGAUUGCACGUACAAGACCAAUCGUUACAGACUUCCAUUUCUUGAGAUUGUGGGUUUUACUUGUACCAACAUGACGUUCUCCAUUGCCUUUGCAUACUUGGAUCACGAAAAGACGGAAAAUUUCGAAUGGGCGUUGCGUUGUUUGAUGGAGGCCAUGACAAGUUGUCCUCGGCCUAAUUGCAUUGUAACAGAUCGAGUUCAUAAAUCCAUGAUUGGAAGAGCGUCAGCCAGCUAG